AUGGUAACUGGGGGUGUAUCUUCGGGGGCCACUCAAGGGGAUGGUAGCCGCCAGCCGCUGCUGUCGGUGAAGGCCGGCCGCUGCCUCCUCAGCGGCAAGCUGGUAUCUCCGGAUGUGCGCAAAGGCUGUCUUCAAUUAUUUCAA